GCCAGCUAUAAAAGAGCCCCAAGAGGUGCUUCAGAACACCAGUCGUCCCUGUACUUCUUUCACUCAUGCAGCUCACCCGCGCACUUCUCGUCUUCGCUGCCGUCGCACUCAGUGCGGUCCAAGCUGCACCUGCCCCUGCGGAGGUGUCUUCCAGCCUCACCAAGCGUUGGUGUGGAUUCGACCACAGCUGCCCGUGCAAGACUAACAAGAAGGCCGGCUGUGUUGCCAAAUUCGAUGAAUGCUCCCAGCACUGGUUCUGGCCCGAGGAGUGCACGACAUGUGCCCCCUGCCUUCCGCUCUGCCUCACCCCUACGAAAUGUGUGGGCGAUGCGGCGUAAUGCAACAAUCGUACCGUACCAUUGACAAAUUGUACCCACAAGCGAUCGAAGUAUGGAAACAGCCCUCACCUGAACUCUGAGCUCUGUGCGAUCGGGACGUGUCGCUCAGUGAAGUAAAGCGGAUGUCCAUCUCGGCAAGGGGUGACGGAUUGCCGGUGUAUCCAACCACUCCGUCGGUCACAGAUCACGGCUAAGUGACGAGGCGUAGCAAGAGAUCAAACGGUCUAGCCGUCGUGACCUGUCACAGGUCCCUGCACAAAAUGAGCGGUCAGCACAGCUGACCUGAUCGGAGAGUGUGAGCGAAUUUACCGCAAUGGAUCUUCUGUGGAAAUCCGUUCACUGUAAAGCCUAUUUCUGAUGGCCCAAGCGAGGUUCAAUACCAUGAAUAGGGGAUGAUCAUCGAUGCAAAGAUCGUUUUGUCCACCUCCUCAGAUGUGAAAUGAAAGAGAGAUAAUACUCAAAUCAGAUUUAGAGGUAGCAUGGGAAGAACAGGCC